UAUGUUCUUCUUUCUGCUCCGGUCGCCAUGGCCCCGGCCUGGGCGCUCAAGCGACCUUCUCGCUCCGCCCAGGUCAGUGAAGGAUGGGAUGCAAGUGCCCGCCAAGCCCUCCGUUUGCCACGUGGAGUUCCCACAGGGCAGCAGGGAGGGGCCGCGCCUUCUCUAACUGACCCGAACCGACCCGGACUUCACGGGCUUGGUGGAGAGCAGCUGCCCCGCCGGCAUCUUCCGGAUGAGGCUCUCUAGACAACAAAGCCUUCUAUGCGGAAGUUACUGGUGACAGGGGAAGGAUUCAUGGGUUUUUGCAGCCCAAUGUCCCCAAAACAACCUCCUGGCCCCCAGCCCACCCAGGUUCCCUUCCAGACCGCCCAACCCAGAAAGACUGGCCUGCCCGGGGGCCAGCAAGGAUGCAGAAUCAAGCAGCUGCCCCCCACAGCCUGCCGCCCAGCAUCGGUUCUCCCACCCAUCUGCCUGUUCCCACCCGCCAUGAGACGCCCUGGGUCUGCUUCCCUGGGACCAGCCCUCAGCGUUGCCUUAAGUGAUCCUGGUGCCAGGGCCUCUGAGGACCCCCAGGCUCCUCCAGGCUGGCAGGUGACCACACUCCUUCCACUGCAGACCCCCGGAUGCCCAGCUGCCGCACCUCCCGUGGCCCCACGCUGUGGCUACGUGUUGUCUGAAGACGCCUGGGGAAACCUUCAGGGCCUCUGUACUGGCCUGUCAUGUGGUCAACCAGACUGUUCCUGUGAUGUCUUCUUGUACAUGAACAGGAAUGAAACCCACUAUGUCCUCCAUGUGAACUAUACACUGAGCGUGGGUCCAGAUGGGAAACCAUUCUCCUACCCUGCAGAAAUGGAAUAUAGUUUCGAGGAUGUUGAACUUCCCCAGGCCAUUGGCACCUGUGACAGUGAGAACCUAUACUUGGCCAUCGCAGUAACUGACCUGCUCUCCUUUUGGGAGCUCUACGUGGGACACCAGCACCUGAGCCCUAGGCCAGGACCCCUUGACAUAGUCCUCCUGACAGAUAACUCCACCCUUCUGCUAUUGGCAGUGCAAGUCUUUUCUCCAGGGUGCUGUAUGAGGGGGUCCCCCGAGGGCUUAAGCUGGUUAAUGGGCUAAGGAGGGUGGAGAGAAGUUGUGCAGCCACUGUCCUGGGCCAUCAAUCACAGGGGUGUGUCACAUCAGACACAAGGGAGUGCCUGGAUGCUGAAGGCUGCUCCCAGGCCAGGCUUGAGCGAUCCCUGUCCAGUGUUCUCGGGGAGCAGAAUGCAUGGUGUCUAACACAGUCUACAACAGCACUUGUGAGGAAUAGCCUGUGUUUGGGUGCAUGUCAUGCCAUUAGAAUGCCUAGAACUAGAAAGAAGUGGCUUCCAGAUCCCAGGCCCCCUGGGCAACUCUCAACAUCCUGGGACCCACAGGCCUGAGCUGCCAGAUCUGCCCCCAUGGCGAGGACUGCGUGGCGUCUGUUUCUAAUAAAACUGAACCCAGCUGUGGGGUGGGUCCCAGGAUCUCUCCCUCCAGAGGAUAUACGCCCAGCUUGAGGUGGCCCCAAAGAAGCCUGACAUGCUAGAGACUCCAGAAACCUUCUCCACGGACUUACCCCAUUGGGAGAGAAAAGGCCUCCAACAAGACUCCUCAGUCUUGGUAUGCCAAGGCUGGACAAUAAGGAGAAUCCGACCCCAACCUGAGUCCCACUUACCCAUUCUGUACUUUUCACAGAACUUCCCCAGGCCAUUGGCACCUGUGACAGUGAGAACCUAUACUUGGCCAUCCCAGUAACUGACCUGUUCUCCUGUUGGGAGCUCUACACGGGACACCAGCUCCCAGGCAUUUAUCCCUCUUCAGACCUCACUGGUGAGAAGCUGGGCUUCUGGGUCCCCAUGCUGCUUCGUCCCCCCUCCCAACCCUGUCGUCAGGCCCACUGCUGAUCCCAGUCUAGAAUCACAGCACCACUCCCAUCCUGCAUGAGGAAGGCCUUGUGCAUCUGUCUUGGUGAGAUCUUUCCAGGCUCACUGGUCUCUACCCCCUGGGGAGAUGAUCAAGACCAGCUCACACUGCUGUGUGUAACAUCCAUGUGUUCUACGGGAAAACUAACCCUCCUCAUCUCCUAUGUGAAGUCUCAGGCUUCAGAGCCUAUUUCAAAUGCUGUUUCUCCUAUAACCACAUAGCCUACUGACCAGUGGCUCUCCUUUCUGGUUCUUACCUCUCCCCCAACUUUUUCCUUUUGAACUCUCGUAAUCAGAGCCAUAACCAUAUUCUGCCUUGCCCUAGCUACUUGUCCUUGACUGUUUGUCUUUAUUUUCCCUUCUGAGCUGACUUUCUUGAAGGCAGGGCCCCCAACCUAAUCAACGUGCCUCAGAUAGUAUCAAGGUUUUGCCUUCAGCCCCUCAAAUCAUACAUAUAAAAAUGAACAAAGUCCAAUAUUUAUCCAAAGCCUACUUGAUGGCCUAAGAAUACAUUUUAAAUGGGUGUGUCUGAGGUCACUUGUGAGAAGCCAGGAGCCAAGUCCUACCUCAAGGAGCAGCAUAGAGGCUUAGUCCAGCCUAGUCCAAGGACUGCCAGAUAAAAUAGAGAACAUGCUUUGAUCAAAAUAUGGUUGGAAACAGGAUGGUUGUGAGAACUAUGGUUGUGUUCCUAGUGUGUUUCCCUAAUGGGACUGUGGCCAUCUCUUCCAUUAUGGCCACAGACCCUUCCAUUGACAUGUGCAAGGCCACACUGAAGGACCACACCUGCAAGCCAACAGAGUCUAGCAGGAACCAAGCCUUCUUCCGGUUUAACGUCACCAGCCGUGGUAUCUCAGCGAGGGCAAGUAAGGCAAAAGGGCCACCUGCUCCUGCCAGGCCUUACCAUACCAUCUAAGCUUUUUCUUCUCAGUCCUGCGGUAUUGUUCCAUUUUCACACUGCUGAUAAAGACAUACCUGAGACUGGGCAAUUUACGAAAGAAAAUGGGUUAAUGGACUCACAGUUCCACGUGACUGGGGAGGCCUCAUGAUCAUGUCAGAAGGUGAAAGGCAUGUCUCACAUGGCAGCAGAUGAGAAGAGAAGACUUGUGCAGGGAAACUCCCCUUUACAAAACCAUCAGAUCUCAUGAGACUUAUUCACUAUCACAAGAACAGCACAGGAAAGACCUGCCCCCAUGAUUCAAUUACCUCCCGCUGGGAUCCUUCUACAACAUGUGGGAAUUGCAGGACCUACAAUUCAAGAUGAGAUUUGGGUGGAGACACAGCCAAACCGUAUCACCCGUGUUCUCCAUAUGCUCUAAAGUCUUGGGUUAUGUAGUUUGAAGGUGACUACAUGAUAUAUGAAAAGGGAAUCAUGUAUGAGAAGGAACCCUUGCUAUGAAGGGCUGGCCCACAAUUACAAGAUAUCCAGACUACAGGUGAGAUGGCCACUGUAUGAAUGGAAGUCAGCUGUGCCCCUGAGCUUCAUCUCACUGUUGUCCCCACCCCUGUCCUCAGGAAAUUCCAGCUGACUAGGGAAGAGAAUGCCAAUGUAUAGUUUGCAGCAGGAACUCAAAACACCAGUGACAGUGCCCCAAAGUGUUUCAGGUUCCAUGUUCUCUUUUUCAUUUUUUAGGUCUUAUUUUACUUCCUUACCUAAUACUUAUUAUACUGGAGGUAUGAUGUAAAUUGGAGUAAUAUUGACAGACCUUCUUCUUUGAUAGACUAAGCAAUGUUGCUAAAAACAAAUCAUCACAUAACUAGAUCAUGAUCCACCAUGCACAUAGCCCACCAACCAAUGGAGAAGACCAGCAGAACAGACAGUAGGCUAUCUCUUCCAGCCUCAAGCUCCAAUGCUGUCAUUCCUAAGUUGAGACGUUGAAGUCUCUUUGCCUCCCUGGUACAGAGUCUCUUUGCCUCAUCUUGUCCAUGAACCAGAGUUCCUUCAAGUCCUUUCUUGCUCUGCGGUUCUACAAACCAGUGAGCCUACUCUUGCCUCCAUGCUUGUCCUAGGCUGAUGCUGCUCUGCUACUACUCAGUUAAAGAAACAUUGGCCCAAGAGGACAGGCACAAAGACAGGUGGAAGAAGAAAGCUCUCCUGCCACCAGGAGAUGGCAGGGUGGUAUGGCAGUCCCAGGUCCGAGGUCAAGGGGUGGCUGGGGAACAGAGGGAGAACUUUGAGGGCACCUGGGUGCCCUCAGCUUGACAUUCUCUCAUUCAGCAGGGCCUCAGAGAGAGCAGACAGACACUGGAGAUCCAGGCAAGAGUAGCUCAAGGUAAGGGUGUUCUGGAGUAUACUUUGGGGGACAAAGGGCAGAAGAAGAAAGUUGUCCAUGAGUUCACCAAGCCCUUCCUCUCUUAAGAUGAGUCGUUCACUGAGUUUCCCCAUGGGGAGAUGGCCAUUGUGAAUCAGCCAUAGUCAACACUCUUUGAGGUAGAACUGAUGAGCUUUGCAGAUGCCUCAGCAGAAUUACUCCUGGACAAGUGUUGGGUGUCAGAGUCACCAGAAUUUGAUGGCAGCCCCCAGUGGAACAUAAUAAAUAGGUACAUAUUCUCAGCUAGCAGCUGAGAGGGCAGAACCAGAACCCCAGUCCUACCAGAUAUAGCCCAAGAUUCUGUAAGAAUAUCUUACAUGCUAGAGCAAGAUCCCCAAAGUGAGGACCUGAUACGGUUAGGCUGUGUCCCCACCCAAAAUCUUAUCUUGAAUUAUCCCCACAAUCCCCACAUGUCAAUGGCAGGACCAAGAGUGGAGAUAUGGGGGCAGUUUCCCCUAAGCUGUUCUCAUGAUAGUGACUCUCACGAGAUAUGAUGGUUUUAUAAGUGUCUGACAUGUCCCCUGCUUGCACUCACUCCAUCCUUCCACCCUGUGAAGAAGAUGCCUGCUUCUCCUUUGCUUUCUGACAUGAUUGUAAGUUUCCUGAGGCCUCCACAGCCAUGCAGAACUGUGAGUCCAUUAAACUUCUUUCCUUUAUAAA